UUAAGUGAAAGUGCUGUGACGUAAACGUUACAUUAGAACUGGCAUUAUGGCGAGUACUAUUGGGUUAGGGAAGUGCUACACUACUGGGGUUGUCGGUAUUCUGUUUCUAGCAAUACUUGCAAAAUGCCAGCACCAAGCACACCACCCGGUAUCCUUCGUGCAGCAUCAGAAUCAACUUUCAUAUCCGUACAUCCAAUCGGGGCAUCCGCCAUGGCAUCAGUUCACCUCUCCGCGGAAAAGAUCUCCUGACAUCCAAAAUUAUUAUAACGGUCCAUACAACCAACCGUACAACCAUUAUUCCAAUCAGAACCCUUUUCAACAACCAGGGACACAACAUCAAACGUAUCCUCAGAUGUAUGACACCAGGCCGUCUGCCGAUUUAAUUAAUACAGAAUCAAGAAAUAACCAAAACGAUGGAAGACUUUUAUCACAAUCUGCGUUCACAAGAAUAUCUGAAACUUUAGGAGCUAUAAACACAGUAGGCCAUUACCUAAUCGACAUAGUCAAUGAAAAUGAUAGAAACGAAUCGGACCCCAACUUACAACAGCUUCCUCAAGCGCUUUAUACCAUAAGCAAAAAUGUUUUAGGAAGAAAUGUGACAGAUAAAAUUGCACCUAUAGUGAAGAAAGCGCUGCCCCAGGUCUUACCUGAUGCACCUAUUACGAGAAUAGCAACAGGAGAUCUGGACAGAAAUGACGCUAGGUUCUGUACCACACCUGAAGGUGAAGAAGGUAUAUGCGAAGAUUUGAGCAACUGUCCGCAACUGCUGCUUAACCUUGUAACCCUGCGAGAAUCUCUGUGUUUUAAGGAUUUAUUUGUACCUGGAGUGUGUUGUCCCCGAGACGCUGUAGUCCCAGCGACACAGGCUGUAGAAAAGCCAGUUGUUACUACGACGAGUAAACCAACUUACUUAGUUCCUGUUACCACUCAACGGCCUAUACCAAGACCUACGACGACUAAGAAACCUUCAGCUAUUCUAGUUUUAACUACUAAACGACCAAGGCCUCCGACAACUACUACUACGAGGCCUAUUACUACAGUACCAACAACUACUACCACAAGGGUACCGUCUACGACAAGCUAUUACACCUUGGCACCACCUUUUAUCGCAAAUUACUCCAACAUAGUCGAUGUAAAUGAUUGCGGGCAGAGAGAAGACGAAGGCGGCAGAAUCGUUGGUGGCACAGAGUCCAAACCAGGAGCCUGGCCGUGGAUGGCUGCCAUAUACCUGCAUGGCAGCAAGCGGCGAGAGUUCUGGUGUGGGGGCACUCUCGUUGGCAAGAGACACGUGCUAACUGCCGCCCAUUGCACUCGAGACUCCAAGCAGAGGCCGUUCCCAGCGCGUCAGUUCAGCGUACGGUUAGGCGACGUGGACUUGUCCCGCGACGACGAACCGUCCCGCCCCGUGACGCUGCGGGUGAGCGCCGUGCGAGCACACGACCAGUUUUCCAGGGUGGGAUAUUACAAUGACAUCGCUGUACUGGUUUUGGCUGAUAACGUCCAGAAAUCAAAAUACGUGAUACCGAUCUGCCUACCACAAGGGGAUCUUGCUCGGCAACAGUUCGACGGGUCUGUGGCGACGGUAGUCGGGUGGGGUACCACUAGAUACGGUGGAGGGGAGAGCUCGAGGCAGCUGGAGGCCAAGCUACCUGUGUGGAGGAACGAAGACUGCGACCGCGCGUACUUCCAGCCGAUCACUGAUACGUUUCUGUGCGCUGGUUAUCCUAGAGGGGGUGUUGACGCUUGUCAGGGAGACUCCGGUGGUCCAUUGAUGCUGCUCGCCAACGGACGCUGGACGCAGAUCGGCGUGGUCUCCUUCGGAAACAAGUGCGGUGAACCCGGAUACCCGGGCGUGUAUACCCGGGUCACGCACUAUUUGAGUUGGCUGCAACAAAACUUAGCUUAGUUAUCAAUUCCUAGCAAAUUCGUCUUCAAUAUACCUAAUGUAGUCUUUGAGAUUGACAUAUAACUAAAACAAUUUAUUAUCAUCGUUAUCAACCCAUGACCGGCCAACUACGGUGGUUGUGGUUUAUUGUUAAAACCAAAAAGCAGAUAAUUUUAUAAGUUGAAUGGCCGAUGUUAGGUAAUCCUUACCAUUUUAUAAGCUAGAUGAACACGAACAACGAAAUACUUACCAGCAUUGAAAAUUACUAGGCUUUUGUUAACUUAGCAGGUACUUUUCUAAUGCCCGUUUUCACUAAACCUAGGAAACGCUUAAGUCUGAUGCCUAACAAU